AAUUUAUGCAACCCCAAAAUAAGCCGCCUGGUACGUUUACAUACGCGCGUUUCUCUUUAUAAGCAAUCGAUACUAUCAGCGGUGCAAUUAACGCGUUUCACCUAGCUGUUUCACUCAUAAACUCCAAUUCCCAUCAUGCCUAUCGCAGGAUCACGUCGACAACGAUGCUUGAACAUACAAAGCAGCAGGUAAACAAGUCCGUUCGAGCUGCUGUAGCGAUGCUCAGUAACGGCGAUUUCCAAGCGUUUCGCUCGUCGCGGGAUGACGGGGGUUUCCUAACCGAGGCGCAAAGGUGAUUAUGUAAAUGUUGUCGUUUGCGAUAGUUUGUUCGACGCGGUUUAAUGGAUUGCUCCAAUUCUCGGCAAACUGGGAAAUAUCUGAACCGUGACGCUGGUGUUUCGCUGCGUUUCUGCAAUGGUGCUCUUCAGUCGCGCGGUGCGUGUACGCGCUCACGAACGGGACAUUGUGGAGCACAGCUGAGAGCUUCAAAACUGCGCCUGUACACUUCAUAGCGUUUAAUGCGAUGGGACCCAUCCUGCAGGAAAGAACUGCGUCUGCGACACUGAAGAAGGUGCCAGGCAAGGAGAAGGUUAGAAUGAAAAAUGCAGAAAACACUGGGAUCGUUGCCAGCAAUAAUAAGAGGGGAGGAAACGUGAACCAGAAUAAGAAACCUCUUAAAAAAACUGUGCCCUUGCAUCCAGGGCAAGAGAAGGAUCAUCUGCCCAAAGCUGAAAUUCUCCAAAAUGGCAUUAAACCAAAGAAAGCUAGGAGUCCGACUGGUGGCACUUGCAAGUUGCGUGGCACACAGGGAGAAUCAGACCUACGGCCACCACGUCCCAAACUCUCUUGUCCCGAGCAUGGACAGGAGAGGCAGAAAAUCCAGCUGGAGCCUCAGUCCUGUAAAGAGAUGGUUCAGAGCCAAGUGACCUUGGAGAAGAGCCGUCGCGCUCUGUCGCUCCCCUUGGCUCCUCAGCCAGUGCUGCAGCAGUUCACCCUGCAGCAACAAAUCCCAGACCUGGACUCUCUCCGCCUCCUGGAGCACAAGGAGGAUGACACGGACAGCGCCAGCGACCUGUCCGACUCCGGGCGGCUCCCUGUGCUGCCUUCCCCUUGCACUCCUCCUCAGCUCAACCUCCGAGCCGAGGUGAUCAACUCCAUGGACCUGCAUCCUCACAUACCUGGACCCAGGUCGGUGGAGAACGAUGAAGUCCGGUACAGCUACCCAGACUUCCUGCCUCCUCCGUUCAAUACCUGGAGCCUGAGGCAGCUCGCCAUCUUCCUCAACACCGAAGGCAAGCGGGCUCCCCGGCCGAAACCUGUAGGGCAGCUAGAGAAGUAUUUAGAGCGGCUCCUUCAACUGGAGUGGCACCAGAUCCAAACCAUACAGGCAGAGAGCGGAAGGCACAUUGUUCCCAUCAUCCGAACAAGAAGUCACGCAGCCAGUGUCCUAGUCAACGGCAACCGUCCUAGGCCUCAUACUGCUCCUCCAACGCGCCUCAGCUCCCCGAAAAGCUUCCGGCAGGGUCAACGAGCCUUCUUCUCUUCACUGGCCAGCCCAUCUUCCACCCAGCUGUCCCGUCCCGUUUGCCCUCACUGCCACAUCCGCUAUCCGCUCUGCAACGGCACCUGCUCUUCGUACGCCUAUCAGCGGCAUUCCCGUCUCAGCCCCCUUCUAGAGCGCAAAGCUCCCCCUGCCAGCACCCAAAAGAGAAGCAGCAGCGAAAGCCGCGCUUCCACCUCCGAAAACCGCACCACUUCUAAAAACCAGCAACCGGUCAGUCCUCAGGCGACGAAGGCUCACCAGAAGAACAUGCAGGCUGCGGGAAACAUGCGCAGGGCGUCCCAAGAACUUAACGCGAACGGCAAAACCCAUUCUUCGGUCAGGAAAGGAAAGGCUGCAAGGUCUAACGAGGCGGAUAAACAGAAAGAUCCACUUGGAGCAAAAUGCGGAGGGGUACCUGUCGGUACGAAACGUGAAGGUGGUGGUCCAGGGAAGAAAAUGGUGAAGGAUGGUCCGAGAGUUGAGGCGGGUGAAGUACGGUUGAGAUCUGGUACUAAAAGAACGGUCACCGAUGGCUGCGAAGCUAAAGCGACGUCAGCUACCAAGACUACUGGCAAAGUGAAAAAUGCUCAGUAUGCAAAGUAGUUAGUGCACCUUUCACGCAAUUUUCAGUUGCCUCAAAAACAUAAUUUCGCGUACUGUAAAAAAAGAGCUAUUUAAGGCAUAAUAUUAUCCCCGCAGUUAACGGUAGUUGUUUGUGAAAAGGAUAUAAGCGCCGUCACAUUGGCAAAAGUUUUGGCAAAAUUUCAAGGGGAAAGUCACUUUUAGCUUUCUGCCGGUCAACACGGACCAAUUUAAAAAGUGAACAGGAUCGCAUAGAUUCCAAUUAACCUGAUUAACCAUGAAAAUUUGCCAGACUACUGCAAAUGCGACCACACUUAAAAGGUAUCCUUCUCUUUAGAAAUCAUGCCUUUUCAUCGUCAUAUUGUUUCAGUAGAACUUUAAAGUGCAUUUCUUGAAUAAGAUCUGUUUAUUUUAUCUGCCUAAGUAUACAAAAGCAGGUUAUCUUUACAUACUGUACGCACAAAUCCUCUAUGAAGUCAAUGUACUUAAAUCUAGUGUGCAUGUACAUAUCUCUUAUUUGAGGGAGGUAUGGCUGAGAAUGUCAGCGUGUGGCUUUGUCUAGUAAGCACUAUUGGUCAAAGAAUGUAUAUUUUUUUGAGAUGAAUAAUGAAUGUUUUGUAAUGACUGUGUAUUUUUGUAAAGUGCUAUUUACAAGGACUUCUUUUCUUGUUAUUUAUCAAACCAAUGAGUUGACCUUUAUUAAGUUAAAUAAGAAUGUCUUAUCUUUGAAUGUUUUGAAACUCAUUACUUAGGUUUUCGAUGAGUUAGAUGUAGUUGAGUUGUGAGUUGUUAGGAUUGCUUUCGGUAGUUUUGUGGUUUGUUGCUGGAGAAGGACCCGAGCUGUAAACUGUUAAGAUAUCAUGGUCGAGGUUAUCUUUGUUUACUUAUUGAGAACCUUUCAGGUUAUUACAUUGUAAUUCAUGUCUCUAAAUAUAGCAUGUUUUUAUUUUUGCAGGAACAAUGAUGGUAGUGGUUUUGUAGUUUUAUAUGUACUGUAAUGCAUUGUCGAGGCACUUGAAUAUGACUUGAAAGCUGGUACAGGUUGAGGCCAUACAGUACGUGGUACCACAUUUCCAUACUUGAUGUGCUGUAUGUAGCACCAUUUCAUCUUGGAUGUUAUGUACUGUGUCAAGUUUCCUUAUCAGGCAAAAAAAACACACAAAAAUCUACUUUUGUCCAAUCAUUGUCAGAUUGUGCUUUUAUUUUGCUGGGAGUUUUUGGUAGAGUUGAAUGCAGCUAUUUUUAUGAGAUACAAAAUAAACAGUUUUCAUUACAUCAAAAA